UUCAAUAGGUGUUGUAGCUCCUUUCGCUAUUGUUCCUCUCGCUUACAGCGAGGCCGUGCUACUCACUGUCAGUAUCCAACACUUCACCAGUUAUCUUUUCUUUGUUUCAUUCGCCAGCACGAGGAACUUGAAGGAAGGAUCAUAAUGACGGAUACUACUGAAGCGUCAGUGGCCUUUGGGGCUUUGGAGGAAGCUAGAUUUACCAUUAUUGACUAUUGUCUCUUCAGCCUCAUGCUGGUGACGUCCAUUGGAAUAGGAGUGUACAGUGCCAUCAAGAGCCGAGGGCGGGAAUCCACUCAUGAUUUCUUGGUAGGAAAAGGGUCCAUGCCAGUCAUCCCAGUGGCCCUCUCGCUCCUCGGAGGAGUCAUCUCUGCUAUUUCGAUGCUGGGCAAUCCCACAGAAGUGUAUCUAUAUGGGACCCAGAUUGCCGGAAAUUUGAUUGGUUUAAUACCUGGUUGCAUAUUAAUCCAUCAGCUUAUUCUACCCAUCUUCUACAGCCUUGGGAUCGUCUCACUUACGCAGUAUGUUGAGCUACGAUACAAAUCCAGAAAAUUGCGUCUGCUGGCAACACUGUGCAAUCUCCUCAAUAAGUUUUUCUACAUGGGCAUCUGCUUGUAUGCUCCCUCGCUGGCUCUGUCCACUGUGACCAAGCUGUCCACCUGGACGUCAAUGGUCAUUAUGGGAAGCAUCUGUACCUUUUAUAUAACUGUGGGUGGCGUGAAGGCCGUGGUGUACACAGACGUUAUGCAGACGCUCCUCAUGUUUAUCGGACUGAUCGUCGUGAUAGUUGUGUGCUGUCUUGAUCUGGGUGGCUUUAGCAAUGUAUGGUCUGCUGCUGAUGAGGGAGGGAGGCUCGAGUUAUUCAAUAUGAACCCUAGUCCCUUCAUCCGCCACACAUUCUGGUCUACCUCCGUGCUUGGAUUUUACUUCAUGAUAAACAAAGUCGGGCUUUAUCAGCCUUGCUUUCAAAGGUUUUCAUCUGUAGGAAGCCUCAAAAUGGCACAGGGACUAGUUAUCUCCUUUGUGGUAAUGCUUUACGUUCUGUGGCUACUUUGUUUCUCCGCUGGCCUUGUGGCAUAUGCUACCUACCAAGACUGUGAUCCGAUAACCUCAAACCGCGUCAAGAAACCCGAUCAGAUCCUGCCCUACCUCGUCAUGGAGAAGCUGACACGUUUCCCUGGCAUGCCUGGAGUGUUUGUAGCUGCUGUGUACGGAGGAGUGCUCAGUUCGCUAUCGAGUUGCGGAAACUCAAUUGCUUGCCUCAUCUGGGAGGACUUCCUGAAGAAUCGCCCUUACUUUAAGAAACUAUCCGAGAAAUCUGCCACUAAUGUCGUCAAACUGAUAUCUGCUUUGGCUGGAAUAUCAGGGAUCUUCUUGGGCAUUCUGGCUGGAGAGAUGGGUAAUAUUAUCCACGUAACUCGCAGUGUGUCUGGCUCCAUCAUGGGUCCCAUGCAAGGAGUGUUUAUAGCAGGCACAACCAUGCCAUGGGUGAAUGCAAAGGGUGCUGUAGUAGGCUUUUUGGUAUCCUUCUCCUACAACAUUGUGGUGGUGCUGGGCAAGUUCCUACGGGGAGGUGGUAAGCCUCCACGCCUACCGCUGUCUGUUGAUGGAUGUCCUGAAAACUUGGUCAAUGCUACCUUUGCCUCCUACCUCACCAGCACCUCCAUUCCAUAUGCACUUUUAGAAAAUACCUCUUUUGUGGAAUCUCUUUUUGGUGCAGAAGGUGGACAGGUUGACUCAAUGCAACUGACAACCCCUCACCCUCAACUUAAAUCAACUGGGAACACAGUAUAUGACAUAUCUUAUACACUCUUUGGAGCAAGUGGAAUCCUUAUCACUAUGGUGGUUAGCAGUAUCGUAUCCCUUUGCACAAAGCCUCUAGCUCCUGGAGAGGUAGAUGAAAGGCUGUUGAGUUCUUCAAGUGUGAAGAUCCAUCGCAUGUUGUGGCAAUUCUUCAAAGGCAGCAAGAUCUCAUUGCCACAUACUCAUGAGGAAAGUCAAGUAUCCUUGAGAAUGCUUUCUAACAGUAGCAACAACAGGCCACAUCCUCCACCUAACAAAACUUCACCUUAAAUGAUUUUUUUAGAAAUGCCACACACACACACACACACACACAUAUACACACACACACAUCAUUGUAAUCCAUCAAACUGCUGCUACCUUAUUGCUUCAAUUCCCUGCCUAUAUAUUUUUUUUCUUUUUUACUUAUCAUCAAAAGGAAGAUUCUUACCUAAAUAUCUAUCACUUCACUAAUCUUCUAUCUGAUCAUGAGUAUGGGUUCUGUCAAGGUUGCUCUACUAAUGAUCUUCUGGCUUUCCUUACUGAGUCUUGGUCAUCCUCUUUUAGAGACUGGUGAAAAUUUUGUUUUUGCCUUAGAGAUAUAAAAAAUUUUCAAUAGAGUCCGGCACAAAGCUUUAAUCUCUAAAAUACCUUCAUACGGUUUUUAUCCUUCUCUCUGCAACUUCAUUUAGUUUCCUCUCUGACUGUUCUAUUGUUGUUGCUCUGGUAGAUGGCCACUGUCCUAAAUCUACUAACAGCAAUAUUCCUUAUGGCUCUGUCCUGUCACCCACUCUCUUCCUAUCAAUCAUCAAUGAUCUUCUAAACCAAACUUCUUGUCUUAUUUGUCUUAUUCACUCUUAUGCUGAUGAUUCCACCCUACACUUUUUCUACGUCUUUUCACUACAGGAAGUAAACAGAUCACAUAAGGAACCUACAGAACACUUGACUUCUGAUCUCCCUAAAAUUCAUGAUUGGGGCAAAGUACACUUAUUAGUUUUCAAUGGCUCAAAAGCUUAAUUCUUCCAGUUAUGAAUUUGACAUAACCUACUAGAUAACUAUGCCCUCCUCUUCAGUGACACUCAAAUGUACUCCUCUUCUACAGUGAACAUCCUUGAUCUGUCAUUUACUUAUAAUAUAAAGCUAAAACAGCUUCUAUAGAAUUAGAUGGUCUAUGUCAUCUUCAGUUUACUCAUCCGCCAGUAGCUAACUCUAUACAGGACCUUACUCAUCCAUGUAUGAAGUAUGCUUCAUAUGUAUGGGGGUGGGUUCUAUUCAUACUACUCUAUAAGACAUGGUGGAAUUCAAAGCUUUUCAUCUGAUCAAUUCUUCUCUUCUAAUUCACUCUCUUCAGCCUCUUUUCUAUUGCUGCAAUGUUGCAUCUUACUCUAUCUUUUACCAUUAUUUUCAUGCAAACUGCUCUUCUAAUCUUUCAAAGUGCACGCCUCCCCUGCUCUAGCACCAUUGCUGCACAAGAUUUUUAAAAUUCUCUCAUCCAUAUUCUGUCAAGUUCUCUAUGUUCAAUGCAGUCUAAAUUGGCUGUUUGACAGCUAGUCCUUCACUAUUAUCACAUUUCCACAGUUCAAUCCAUAGCAAGACUGUGUGAGAGGAUUGACUGGCAAAACAGGUCAGAUGGAGCUACAGUAUCAGGGUUGGAGAAUGAAGGCAAGCCCAUUACAUAUAUAUGGAGGGGUGGCAAUGGUGGGGGAAUCCCUAAAUGACUAGUUUAGACUGCAUUAAGUAUAGUGGGAGAGUUACCCAGUACUCUUAAUCAUUAAUUUUUCCUUUGGUACACUGGAAUUCCUCGCCUGCUUAUGUAUUUCCACCUUCUUAUGACUUGAACUCUUUCAAGAGGAAGGAUCAACACUUAUCUCUUACUUUUGACUAAUACUUUCAAUACUGUUAAGGGCCUUAGUACCUUAGUGUACCUUAGUGGGCCUUUUUUGUUUAAAAUUUUUCUUGUCCAUGGUUAGUUUCCCUCCAUUGAAAAAAAAAAAAAAAGUGGAUCAGUGUAGCAGUAGCCAACCUAUACCACCUUAUAAGCAGAUAUCACUGCUGCCUUUUAUAAAUAUCCUUCUUCAGGUGAAGGCAACAGUGCACCAAAUACAACAGCAAAACUUCAAUAUGACUGCCUAUGACCAGCAAGUUGCUUCAAAUGACCUGCAUUAUACCCAUUAUCUUUUUUACUGUCAUAAUUAUCUGUUAAAAAAUUCAUCUUGUCAAGAUUAUAGAUGACAUUACAGUGUACACAGAGACAAAAACUGUUGACAAGUGAAUGAACCCGCUUCAACAAUACAUCACUACAAUCAAUAUAAUAUGUGUCAGGAACUGCAAUUGAUUCCUAAUUUCCAUAAAUGUAAGUUGAUCAACAUCAAUAUCAAGCAACAGGAUGUGAUACUCCUAUACUAUGUGCAAUGCAACAUCAACACUAUCCCUUGCAUUAACACAGCCAAGGUGGUUGUGGUGAUUUUGAACUUGAGCCUAACCUAGCAAGACCACAUUUAUCAUUUUGUCAAGGUGGUGUUCAUGGUGCUCAGAGCAAGAUUGUUUGCAGCAAUGCUAGAGAAGGUGGUACAGUUGUCCUGCCAGUGUAUCUGGCCUGUGCUAAUGCAUGUGUGCCUGGUGUGACAUCUUGCCCUCUUAAGUGCACAACAAACCACCUUGGAAUGUGUGCAAAACCCAAUGUGCUGCAUCAUCCUAGAUGGCCUCUACAACAGCCAUGAUGCCUUGCUCACCAUAUUUUAUCUCUCUUCACUAGACCUGGAAAACUAACUCACCUUUAGUUUUAGGGAAAAACUAAAGAAAAUUUACAAUCUAUAUAUCCUUCUACAAUGAGCACCAUCUUGAUAUUAGACUACAGUGUCACAUUAUAUGUAGUCUGAACCAUGCUGACUGAACACUACUAGAAUUUAACCAUCACCCUAUGUAGCUCAACUGAUCAAUGAGUAAUCUAAGUAUAAUUGUUGCAAUUAAUCAAUACAUAUUAAAUGUUUUCAUUCCACUAAUAUGUUCUAACUUGAAUUUCAUUUGGAAUAUCUUAAGAUUAAUCUUAUCAUGAUAUUUUACUAAUUUGUAAAUUAAGAUUUUUCAUAUUUUACUAAUUUCGAAAUCAAGAUUUUUAUGGUAUUUUGCCAAUCUGAAAAUCAAGAUUUUUUAUGAUAUACAGUAUUACUAAUUUGUAAAUUAAGAUUCUCAUGAUAUUUUACUCAUUUGUAAAUUACGAUUUUCAUAUUUUAAUGAAUUGUAAAUCAUGAAUUUUCAAUAACAGCACCUAAUUGUACAUUCACCCCAUGGUUUAAUGAACCCUGAUUUAACAGAUUUUGGAUUAAUGGAUCACAAUAUCUCAACGGACAAAUACCCAGCAGUGGACAAUGUGUUUGAUAUGACAGAAAUGUCAAAACUCUAAAAUAUCAAUAAACAUAUAUAAAAUCCUAUCAAAAUAAAUUUAGAAAUAAUAUUAAGUAUAAUAGUACAUACAUCAUAAAAUCAUAAAAAAAAAAAAAAAAAAAUAUUUCUGAGUUUGAAUGGAGACAUGCAUAGAGGCUGAGGUAAUAUGUUAAGAAGGGCGUCUGGUGAGUAGGGGUCUGGUGGGCAUAUGGGCCAUCCAAUGACUUUAAAAUUUUAUUAAGUUAUUUUUUGGUGCCUAUAUGUGAGAUUUUGUGAAUCUCAUGGAAUUUAGGUUAAGCGUUGGAGAGACUCAAACAAGUUUUUUUUCCUUUAAUUUCACAGACUUUAUUUUCCAGUCAACUGCUUUUAGAAAAUACCAUAGAAACUUUUAAACAUCUACCUUUUGUAUCUAUAAUUUUAAGAAAAAUGUUGUACUGUCUUUGAAAAAAAAAAAAAAAAAAAAAAAAAUUCCAUCUAUAAUUAUCUAUCCUCUCAAUUCUGUUUUCUUUUUAUAUUUUCUGAACUUUCCCAAACAUAAAAAAUUGGUCUUUAGUUCUAGUUUUUAAAGAGACCUUGCAAUAGUCAAUCAGAUAUUACAGCAAUUUUCUGAAAGUUUUUGAAGUGAACAAAAACACUUUGAGGUAUUGGCUCCUAAAGAUUUUUCCAGUUUCAUCCUUGUCUUACCAUUUAUAUUUAUCUGAUUGGCAUGAAAUUUCCACAUAUGAUUGCACAGACCUUGUUGACUUACCAGAGAAUGAAAAGGCAUCAGUUCCUCCUCUACAAAAAACAUUAUUGAUUAUUCAAAGGUGAGGGUAUCAGAAGAUGCCAAUAGUCUAUCUCUAUCUUGCUACACGAGCUUUCUUGAUGCUCAAGGUUUCUUUCUUGUCGCCUUGUACUUGCAGGUUAUUUCUAAGAACAUUUGUUUGGGUUUUGUGCAUAAGAGGAAAGAAUGAUACAGUACGGCUGGCACUACCUUGUCUUGCGUGUAGCAGUGUGGCUCACUGCACUACACUAGGUGCCACGAUAGAUAUGACAAAUGAUAAAUUUUCAGAGAAAAAAUAUUCUGGUGUGAUUUUUAUGUAUAUUACAAGUGCUGAAUAAUAGCAAGUGUACUGGCACACAAAUCAGGCUAUGAUGUAACAGCAUAGGUAAUUUAAAAAUAGCUUACAAGUGAGAAGAGAUUUGAUUUUGUGUAAAUAAACCUCGCUAUCAGUUAAUCAAAGCUAUUAUGAACAUCCUGAGUGG